UUCCUUCGGCAACUUACAGCUAUCGCCGCGUCACGAGUAACACCCCCAAAGAGCACCCGCAUGACUACUCCUGUCACCAUUCCUACACUUUGUCACGCCGGCAUACUCACAGACUGAGACUUGGUGACGUUCAUGGAGCUGGGCCUGACCCUACGGGCAUCCUACAACAAGCCUUCUGACCGCAAUAUUCCCUAAGACAACCCAGUACGGCCACGCGCCCCGCCCGCUGUCUGAGCGUAGUGCUGGCGGUCCAGCAUGAUGGCCUCAAACCUCCUCUCCAGACUUCUUCCCUCAGCGACCGAUGAGCCUUUCGACGAUCCUCUGAACCUUCAGCUGCGCCGAAGCUCCACCUCGACCGAUGGACAGCGCGAUAUGGACAUAGACGAAGAGAACUUUGGAGCCUACUUUGAGCCGCAAGACCUGGAACAUCUGCUAGAGGAAGCUUCUGGCAGCCAAAUGACUGUCGAUAGCCGUGCUGUGUCUCCCGAAGCAUUACGGAAGCCAAAUGCGCCUCCAGGCAUCAAUACAGCGAACAGAGCUGCCGGCUGGAUAAAGCCUACUCCGGCGCGAUCUGUGCCGGUGGAGGACGACGAUGAUGUUCCCCAUUCACUCCUUCUCGAAGGAGGCCCUCCGUCACCCAAAACGACAAGAGGCCUUCCUCCUCCAGUACCUGGCCCUUCGACACGGCAGACGCGUGCGCAGUGGAGCACUACACAACGACAGCAGCGGCUGCAUGAUGACAUGACGGGAAUACCAGUGAACACUUGGGAGAGGACAGGACAGUUCAACGUCAGCCCAAAAGAGAAGGCUCUGUGGCUGUGGGUCAACCAGACAGAUCUGGACGCGUACAUGAAGGAUGCAUACGAGUACUACCGCGGUCACGGUGUCUACUCGAUGCUGCUAAAACGAUUUUUGACUCUUUUGCAAACCGCCUUUGUGGUAGCCUUCAUGACUUUCCUUGGCUGGUGCAUCGACUACUCCAAGCUCUCCACGAGCCACAAGAUGAGCGAAGUGCUAGUACCCAAGUGCACUUCGAGAAUACACGGGUUCUGGAUCUUCGCGAUCUGGGUGUUCUCCAGCUAUUGGAUCUACUGUUUCUAUACCAUGGUCACCGACAUUCCAAGACUGAGAGCGAUGCACGACUUCUAUCAUCAUCUCCUCGACAUUCCGGAUCGUGACAUCCAGACCGUUGAGUGGCAACAAGUCAUCAGCCGUAUCAUGGCAUUACGUGACCUCAAUUUGACCACUGCAUCAAAUUUGUCACCGGAAACUCGGAAGCUGUUGGACUCGAAAAGCCGGCAGCGUCUAGACGCUAUCGAUAUAGCAAGUCGACUCAUGAGGCGCGAAAACUACCUCAUUGCUCUCUUUAACAAAGAGGUACUCGAUGUGACCGUGCCAGUUCCAUUUCUUGGGAAUAGAUACGUCUUCUCCGAGACAACGAGAUGGCAUGUAGAGCUCGCGAUCUUGGACUUCGUCUUCAGCGGGAAGAAUGGCCAGUUCAAUCCCGAAUUCCUAAAGGAGCGCAAUCGCAGAGAGCUUGUCAAGAGACUGCGAACUCGGCUGAUGGGUGUUGGUCUGAUCAGUGUUAUCUGUGCGCCCUUUGCAGUCGUGUUUGUCCUGGCAUCGUACUUGUUCAAGUACUUUGCGGAAUAUCACAAAGAUCCCGGUCAACUGAGCAAUCGUGACUUCACCCACUUUGCUCAGUGGAAGUUCCGCGAGUUCAACGAACUACCACAUCUCUUUGAGCGCCGCACCAAGAUGGCGCAACCAUACGCGAACAUGUAUCUUGCACAAUUUCCGAAGGAUAAGACAGAGCAAAUUUCCUCUUUCGUAGCAUUUGUUACAGGAGCCUUCGCCUUCGUGCUAGUGGCACUCACUCUCCUCGACUCUGAGCAGUUCCUCACAUUCGAGGUCACACCUGGAAAGACCGCAAUCUUCUGGAUUGGCGUCAUGACAGCCAUCUACCGCUCUGCUAGGGGAAGCAGCCCUCAGGAAGACCAGAUCUCCGAUCCUGCAUUCUACCUUGGUCACGUCAUCUACCACACGCGCUACGAGCCCGAAUCCUGGACAGACCGUUUGCACACUGAUGAAGUCCGCGCCGAAUUUGCAAAGCUCUAUCAACCCAAGAUUCUCAUUUUUGCCGAAGAGAUCCUGAGCAUGGUCAUCACACCCUUCCUACUCAUCUUCCGCCUGCCAAACUGCAGUGAGCGCAUCGUUGACUUUUUCCGCGAGUUCUCCAUCGUCGUCGAUGGUCUGGGCGUGACGUGCUCCUACUCUAUGUUCCCCUUCAACAAAGGCACGCAAAAUCGCACAAACAACAUCCCAGCCCAGCCUGGCGCACGCGCCAAUGACCCCGCUAGCGACCCUCGAGAAGACUACUUCAUGACAAAAGACAACAAGAUGAUGGCCAGCUAUCUCGGCUUCAUGGAUACAUACGGCAACCCCAGCGGCAGGGGCUAUAACAUCAGACUACAGGGUCGCAGCACCUUUCAUCCCCCACCGCAAUUCCCGAAUGCAUUCGGCAACAUGAGCCAAACCGCUCACUUGGGCGAUGCCCGAGGGUCCAGCAGAGGUCCUAUGGGCCGCACUCCGCAACACAUCCAGCGCCGCACACAGCCACCUGUGAGAGACGAGCCCAUGUCCUCGAUGCUGCUGGACCCGCAUCACCAGCCGUCCGCUUCGGCAGUGAGGAGCUCACCCCGAGGUGCGAGCCAUGGAAGGUACCAGUCGAGACUGCACAAUGUGGCGAGUCCAACGAGGUACGCGGGAGCGCGAAUUGAGGAAGAGAGUACUAUUGGAGACAGCUGGCGAACGAGCAGGCUGGCGCAGGACGACGAAGAAGAGGAUGAGGCGCCUGGUACGGGUAGGGGUGGCGUGCUGCAGUUAUUGCAGCAGUUUAGCAAGGCGCAGGCUGAGGGCCGAGGGGCCGGUGUGGGGGUAUAACCAUUUGCUGGCGUUUGGCACCAACUUGCAUGGGCAUUAGAUGGGCACUGACGGUACAUUUGAACCCACGGGGGCUAGCAUAGCUCGUUGAUACCGCAAUACAUCGU